AUGCCACUCCUCCCCUCCUUCUCGCAAGUCCUCACCUCCCUCCAAACGUUUCGCAAACAUAGCAUCUCGGAUUCACAGCAAUCGGGGGACUGCCAGUUCACUUCCAGAUUUACCACGCUAGAUUUGUCGAGGAGCAUGGUGGGAAAGAGAAAUAGAUUGAUGAGACUUAUCAAGAGCUUUUCACUAUCUCACAAAGCCUGCCUGGGCCCACUCCUAGCUAACAUGGCUACUAAUGUUGGAGAACACAGCGCAUUUGGAGCAGGCUUAAACGGAGGCGGCAUGGAUUUGCUAGGCCUC